UCAAUGUUCAAACAUUACAGAGAAAAAGAAAAGGAAAAAAAAACAGAAAUUCAUUCAGUUCAAUGUUUCCUUUCCUCAGACAAUUGUUACUCUAAUUAUUUUUCACCUUUUUCCAUGAAUCAACCAUGAUUCUUUUACCAUGUGUAACCCUAAUUCUGUUCACAUGGUUACCUAAAUCACUAAUGUCAUCACCUUUAACCAGUUCAUCAUCACCCUCGCCCUCACCCUCAUCCUCAUCAAAAUCAAUGAUAAAAACAAAACCAACAACAACAGGAACUUCAUCUUCAUGUAAUAAUGUUAAAUGGGGAAUUCAAAAGUUAAUUGUUCCCGAAUUAGUUGAAAAUGGUUCAACUGAAAGUAUCGUAUUAGAUUGUGUUUAUUGUUUACAUAAAAGUGACAAUUAUCGGAUUGUAGUUAAAUGGUUUCACAAUGAUGACCCACAACCAAUUUACCAAUGGAUACCUGAAUUAAAUUCUCGACAUGCAUCAAAAAAAUUCUCAGGUCAUAUCAAUUUAAAUUAUUCUGUUAACUCAUCUGAUCCAUUAACUCAAUACAGAGCAAUUAAUUUAAUUAAUCCAACAACCGAUCUUUCUGGAGAUUAUUCAUGUGUCGUAAUGUCUUCAGACAAUGAAGAUUCAAAGAAAAAGAAAAUGAUUGUUUAUGCUCCACCCAGAAAGAUUGAGUUUAAUUAUACUCGAGAGGUGAAAGAAGUGCCUUCAGCACUGCGAAAAGCACGAGGUGACUCAAAGGAAGACGGAAGUGUCUUCCCACUAUUUGAAGAACCAUAUUCAUCAUCAUAUUCUUCAUCUUCAUCUUCAUCUUCAUCUUCAUCUUCAUCUUCAUCUUCAUCCUCUGUUUCCACUUUCUCAUCAUCAUCCACAUCAACACCAUCCACUUCAUCACCCACCAUAACAACUUUACCCUCCUCAACCGGUCUACUUCAUUGUGAUAUCAAAGGUGUUUAUCCAAUGCCAGAGGUUAGCAUCUAUCGAUUGGGUGAUAUGAAUGGUACAAAUCCUUGGCCAGUAACGGUGGUGGACACAAGGAUAGACGAGGAGAAACACCCUCACUCUUAUAAUGUUAGAAAAGUUAGUUUAAUCAAUGACGAAACUUUAAUAAAAAAGUUUGGCCUUAAACCGUCCAUAUUUGAAUGUCUGGUCACUCUUCAAUUACCUAAUCAAAAGGUAGUCAAAAGACAGAAAAUAAUGUACACACCAGUUGUAAAAACAAUUGAACCCAAGGGCGGUGAAUAUAAACUUAACCCAAAUUUUAGGAUAACAAUGAUAACUACACUUUUGGGAAUCCUGAUCAGAUGUACUUAAAAUGUAAAACACUGACCAUUGGAUUUUAUUGUUAUUAAAUGUCCAGGUUAAUGUUAUGAUAAUGAGAAUACAAUUAAAUUGUAAAUGUAAUCAUCUUAAUCAAAUGGAUGGUCUAAGUUUAAAUUAAACAAUAAUGACUAUUACAUCAUUCACAAGAAACAACAAACAAAAUCAACAUCCAAAAGUGCAUCUAACUAAACAAUUGACCAUUGGAGUGGACACUUUUCAAAGAGGAACCGGACACAAUGAGGAUAACAAAAGGUCACCAAGUUUAUCAUCAGAUGGAAAUCUCAUUCUGUUUAUUAUGUAAAAAAUGUCUCUCUCUCUCUCUCUCUCUCUCUCUCUCGUUCUCUGUCUUUCUGUCUAUUUCCUCCCUAUGUAUAUUUAAAUGAAGAUGAUAACUGUGAAAGGUUACAAUUUAAAUUGUGAUUCUCUCUCCCUCUCUCAAUGAUUAUCAUCAUUUUUUUCUGCUGUAAAUAGUUUUCAUCUGAUGAUAAAUGGGAGAGUGAAACUACUCACUGAAAGAGGAAGAUGAUGAAGAAGUGAGAUGAGCAAAAAAUGGAACCUGAAAUUGUCAUCAUGUUUGAAUGAGUUUUGAUGGAAGAGGAGGAGAAGGAUGAUGAUGAAGAAGAUAAAACGGAAACAGAAUUGAUGAUAAAAUUCCAUACUGUCAUCUUCCUUUUUUAUCUCUCUCACUCUAUCUUACUGUGUGUUCCUAUGGAGCUCAAAUUUCUCACUCAUUCAAUUUUGCAAAAUCUUUUUUUUCUACCAUCACAAAUAAUCAAUGAUUACAUUAUUUAAUAUCAUUUCCAUCAUUUCCAACAUCAUCAUCUUCAGCAUCUUCAUCAUUAUGGUGGCGACAUCUGAUUAUCGGAUAAUAAAGUUCUCGCUUUCAACAGCUGAUUUUUUUUGUUCUAAAACGAGAUAACAGCUGACUCUUGUUCUGGAUAUCAGAACUAUUUCCUGAUAGAUUCUCAUGACUAUCGGUCAAGUGAAAAUUCUGGUCCAAAACAUUGUCACCUUUUCGCUGAUCUUAUUAACUCCUUUUCUGUUAUACAUAUUCAUCAUUUUCUUUGCAAUAUUAUCAAUGAUCAAUUCACACCUUGCGGCAACAAGAGAUUAUCCUCUGGACAUUAAGUGGACACAACAGAUGCAAAAAAAAGAUGAUCAUUGUCAUAAAAAAAACCCCAAGAAAAUCAAUGACAAGAGAUGACAAACUCAAUACAUCGAUGGUGAUAAUAAGUAAUAUAACUGUAAAUGUCGAGGAAAAAACUCCAACCAAAAUUGGAGCAACUUUUUCCUUCCCUUUAAUCAUUGAGAUUAACAGAUGUAAAAAUGAAUAAAUUUAUUAUUUUGCUCUAAAUUUGAAUGUUUCAUU